AUGAUGACAAACUUCAUUGCAGUAGCUACCCUGGUCUUUGCCGCCAUCUCCGGUGUUGCGGCGAGCCCCUCUGACCUCCCCAUGGGUGUCGAAGUCACCGAACGCGAUGGCAUGACCUUUGUCCGCGAAGUCGCACACGAGCAGCUCGGCGUGGAGAAGCGAUGCCGCGAGUGCGUCCACCUCGGCGGCCGCUGCACCAUCGGCGACGGGAGCUGCUACGCCCGCGAGCAUGGCAGCUGCACCUGGUGCGGAAAUAACUGCAAGUCCAUCUGCGUACCCGACGGGGAGACCUGCCAGCAGUGGUGCCUCUGA